AUGUUACAUGUAUCAUCAAUGGUAGCUUAUGGAUUUUUAUCAUUUAUAUUGGCAUUUUUUAACAAAGCACUUUUUGAACUAGCUAAUUUUCGUAAUACUUUAUGUGUAAUUUUUUCUCAACUUAGUUUUAUACUUAUAUCAUUUCAUAUAUUGGCUUAUUUUAAUUGUAUAACACUACCUAUUAUGACAAAAGAUGACACAUAUACAUUAAUUAUUCCAUCGAUUUUUUAUUGUUUAAAUACAGUAUUAUCUUUACAAGCACUUAUGAAACUUAAUGUAGCUGUUUAUGUUGUAAUUAAACGUUGUACACCAGCAUUAACAUUUAUUUUAUCUGCAAUCGUAUUAAAAAAUCAAAAUCUUACUAUUAAAACAGGUUUAUGUGUAUUUAUAAUAACAAUUGGUGCAGCAAUAACAUCUAUUGGUGAUGUAUCCUAUCAUAUGGAAUCAUAUAUAAUCGGAAGUUUUAGUGUAUUAUUUCAUUCACUUUAUCUUCUUACAGUUCAACGUUAUAGUGAACAACGAACAUCAAAUGAUAUUCUUUAUAUCAAUAGUUUAUUAUCAUUACCAAUGAUAUUAAUUAUAAUGAUAAUAUUUACAGAUGAAUUAUCACAAAUAAAAUCUUAUGAAGGUUAUAAUACAACUAAUUUUUGGUUAUAUUUUAUAUUAUCAACAUUUGGUGGAGGUCUACUUAAUGGUGCAACUUUCUGGUGUACAAUUAAAAAUUCAGCAUUAACAACAACUGUCGUUGGUGUUUUAAAAAGUAUUCUUCAAGUAUUUUUUGGUAUGUUUGCAUUUGAUCGACUUCCAAUAAAUAUUAAAACAAUUAUUGGUAUUAUAUUAUCACUUAUUGGUGAUGUUAUUAUGAUGAAUCGUUUUAUUUUAUAUAUCAUUAUUGGGUCUCUUUUAAAUUGUACCUCUGUUAUUCUUAGUAAAUCAUGUUCACGUGAAUAUAGUCGUAUUGUUCGUGAUUAUUUUACACAAGCAAUUAGUUCAAUCUAUGAAAAAAAUCAUUUAUCUAUUCCUGUUGAAUGUAUUUUUUCAUCAAAACGUGAUAUUUUUUAUGAUCAAGAAUUAAAUAAAGCUAAAAUAAAAGAUAAUCAAUGGUUAUGUCAAUAUUGUAAUAAAUUAUUUUAUUCUGAAUUUUAUCUUGAUAUACAUAUGUCUAAUCGACAUAAUGAUACAUUAAUUCAUAAUGAUCAAUCUGUAUGUUUAGCUGACUAUUGUUUAAUAUUUCGAUGUGAUGUUUUAAAACGACCAAAAAAAUCUUUUCAUUUAUUUACACGAAAUUCAUAUUUAACAAAAAGAAAAUCAAAAAAAAAUCUUAAUGAACAACAACUUACUAUUUUAAGAAGUCGAUGUGCAUCUAUUAUUAAUGAAUGUGUUCCACAUGAUAUUAAACAUGAUAUUCGAGUUAAAAUGCAACAUGAAAUGUAUGCAGAAGUUUGUGCUUAUUUAACAACCAAUCGAUACUUUCAAUUACCAAAUCAUGAUAAAACUAUGAUCAAUUUUACAUCUAUUUUUUGUUUUAUAAUUUUUAUUGUCAUGUGUUUUAUUGGUGUUGGAAUUAUAAGACGUUCGGAUUGGAAAUUUGGUGAUAAUGAUGAUGAUGAACCUGAAAAACAUUUAUCCGAUGAAACAAUAUCUACAGCAACUGCAUUAUUAUCAAAAACACCUCGAAAUAGUAUUAUUCAUUCAUCAAAACAUUCAACAUCUAAUGUUCGUCAUCGAGUUCAUUUUGAAUCUUUAGAUGAAUAUUCAACGAUGUCAAAAAAUCUUUUACAUCAAUCAGCAUCAUCUGAUGCUCUUCGUUUAAAAGCUUUACAAUCUGGUUUUGAAAGUCGUGUUGAAGUUAAUCAACGAAUGUUAAUUGAUAAAAUGCUUGCACGUUAUUCAUCAGAUUUUGUUGUUUGUCGUGAAUUAAUUCAAAAUUCUGAUGAUGCUAAAGCAACAUCAUUUCAUUUUGAAAUAAUUUGUGAUGAUGAUAAUGAUGAAUUAAUUUCUUUAUCAGAAAAAAAUUUUCAUAAUAAAACUAUUACAGAAAUUCGUGCUAUUAAUAAUGGUCUUAUAUUUAAUGAAACAGAUUGGAAACGUGUUGCUGCUAUAGCUGAAGGAAAUACAAAUGUUGAAUCUGUUGGUCAAUUUGGUGUUGGAUUUUUUUCUGUUUUUUCAUUUUCAGAAGAACCAAUAAUAACAUCAGGUAAUGAAUAUAUGGCAUUUAUUUGGCGUGAUGAUAAUUCUUUAACAACAUAUCGUCAUGAAUUACCAUUAGAACAACAAUCAAAAUUAACAUCAAUUAUACUUAAAAUGCGUACAAAAUAUAUUUUACAUACAGAAACAAAUCUUGAUUUUGAUUCAAUCAUAGAUAUUAAUGAAAAUUCUUCAAAUAAUAAAUCUCCAAAUAGAAAACGACAAAAAAAAAGUAUAACAUCAAUAACAACAAAUGAUAUUAUUCCAACAAUUAAUCUUGCACAACUCAAAGCUUAUUUUACUAAAGUUUUAUCAUUUACAAAAUAUAUAAAUGAACUUGUUAUAAAAAUUAAUCAAAAAAUAAUUUUUAAAGUAACUAAAACAAGAAAAUCUAUAUCAUCAAUAAAAUCUAAUGUACAAUUUAAAAAAAAUUCUAUACAUAAUAUGUUACAUUUUGAUUCAUUAAUUCAAACUGAACAAAUUUUUUCUAUUGAUCAUGGUCCAUCUAUAAUAUUAAAUCAUAUAUCUGUUGAUGCAACAUUAAUUAUUGAUGAAAAUUAUCAUAAUCAUAUUCGACGUAUAUUAAAAAAAAGUUUACCAUCAAAUGUACAAAUUCAACUUUUAUAUACACCUAAUAAUAUUGUCAUGACACAACAACAACAAAGAAAAUCUUCAAAAAUUGAUGAUCUUCAUAUGAAAAUUCUUAAUUCAUUAAUACCAUUAAAAUUUCAAAAUGAUGAAAUUUAUCCAUCAGGUUUAAUAUUUAUUGGUCUUGGAACACAUCAAACAACUGGUAUAGGAAUGCAUGUUUAUAGUCAUUUAAUACCAACAAUUGAACGUGAAAAUCUUGAUUUACAAGAUCCAUAUAUAUCAAAAUGGAAUAGAGAACUUCUUUUAUCUGUUGGACAAAUAAUUAGACAUGUUUAUGAUCAAUUAAUAUCUACUAAUAAACAAUUUGAUUCUAUACUUGCUUCUUAUUCAUUUCAACCAUCUGUACCAAAUAAUGAAAUUGGUACGAUUAUUGUCGAUGGAUUUUUUUCAAUAAAUAAAGAUUUACUUGUUCCUAUUAAACAAUCACCAACAGAUAUUAAUCUUACACUUAUUCCAUCAACACAAGCAUAUAUAGCAAAUUCUAAACAUAUACAUUCUUUUCUUACAUUACCACUUGUACCAUAUGAAUUAAGUAAAAAUGGUUUAUUUCAAGCAUUAAAAGAUCGUGAUUUAAUUAAUGAAAUAAAUAAUGAUUUAAUUGAAUCAACAAUAAUAACAACAAUACUUUUAUCAAAUCAAUUUGUUGAAUUUCUUCAUUGGUUAUCAAAUCAAAAUAAUAAUAAUGAUAAACAAUAUAUUAAACGUUUAUUAUCUAUAGUACGUUUUCGUGAAACAAAUAAUUCAUCAAUAAUAACAUUAGAAAAAUUAAAAAAUUAUGAUAAUUUUAAUAUAUCAACAUUAUUACCAUUACCAUCACAUGUUUUACCAGCAAGUGUAGCUUCAUAUUUAUCACGUGAAGAAUUACAAAAACAAUUAUCAUUAACACCAUUAACAUUAAAAGAUUUUCUUCAUUAUUAUUUACUUAAAAAUCAAUUAUAUUUAUUUACAAAAGAAAAUACAUCAACAUGUUUAUUACAUAUUAUAUCAAAACAUUCAGGACAAUUAAAUAAAACAGAAUGGAAUAAACUUAAAACAAUAUUAUCAACAAUAACAUGUAUACCAACAAAUCAAGGUAUGAAAAUUCCAAAUGAAUCAUAUAUUCCAUCAUCAAUUUUAUCAUCAGAUUUACCAAUUAUAACAUUAAAUGUACCACAAAAUUUAACUGAUGAUGAUGAUGAUGAUGAUAAUAAUAAUAAUAAUAAUGAUGAACAAUCUAUAAUUGAAAAUAUAGAAAAUUCUGUAUCAGCUGAAUUUCUUAAACGAUUAGGUUGUCGAACAUUAAAUGUACAAUCAUUUGUACAUGCACGAUCAUCAUUAAUAAAUUCAAAUUCACAUACAAUGAAAACAUUAAUACAACAUUUAAUGGAAGAACGAGAUAAUAUGAGUGAAGGAGAUUUUAAUGCAUUAAAACAAAGUGAAUGUCUUCGAGGUACAACUCUCAUACCAAAUAAAGAUAAUACACGAAAAUAUGCACCACAAGAUUUACAUUUUCCAUCUGUUGCUAUUCAACUUCAAUGGUCAACAUUACCAAUAAUUGAUUGGUAUGAUAUUGAUCCACGUUCACAUGAAUAUACAUUUUUAAAAGAAAUUGGUGUACGUGAAGUACCUGAUUUACAAAAAUUAAUUGAUCGAAUUAUUGAAGAACAUAAUGAACAAAAGAAAAAAUCUAUUCAAGAAUAUAAAAUACCAAUAGGACUUAAAUUUUUAGCUGAAAAUUUUCAACAAUAUUAUUCUAAAUUAUGGAAAACAGCUAAAAUAAAACGAGCUUUUCUUCCAUCAUUUUCACCAUCAAAAACAAUUAUAUUAUCAAUACCCGAUGAAGUUUUUAAAGAUGAAAGUCCAUUAUGUGCAACACUUUUAUCUGAUGUUGUUCAAUUAUUUGAAGAACAUUUUAAUAUAGCAUUACUUGGUAUUAAAGAUCGUCCAACAUUAACAAUAGCUUUUGAUAUUCUAAUGGAAAAAAAAGAAGAAAUUCUUAAUAUUGAAACUGCUCCAAAAAUUUUUGCUUAUAUGAAUCAACUUGAUGGUUUAAGUCGACCAUUAAUUGAACGUAUAUCAAAACUUGCUUUUAUUCCACUUGAAGGUAAUGAAAAUUUUAUGAAACCAUCACAAGUUUUUAUUCGUCCUGAUAAUUCAAUAACAUCAUCAAGAUUACGACAAAUAAAUGUUAUUAUUCCAACAUCAUCUGAUGAUAAUGAUGAUGAAAUAACACGUACUAGUGGUCGUCGUCGUAAACGAAAUAAUGCUAAAAAAACAACAAUAUCAAAAAAUAAAAAAACUAAAACAAUAUCAUCAACUCCAUUAUUAAUGGAUGAUGAUACAGAUAAAACUGGUUUAAUUGAUUAUAUUGAUUAUGGUUCUGAAGGAAAUUCAUUUCUUCUUGGUAUUGGUGUACUUCAUCAUCCAUCUGCAAGUAUUUUAGCUGAAUUAUUAAUUGAUCGACAAGAAAAUUAUUUUAUAAAUAUAAAUCAAAAUAAUUCUAAUGAUUUACAACAAAAAUUACUUGCAUAUACAAGUUGUCUUCGACAAUUAGCAAUUGCAGCUCAAACAACAAAUGAAUUACAAUCAAUAUCAUUAAUAAAAAGAUUAAAAACAGAAGCUUGGUGUUUAGGUUAUCAAAUUCUUGAAAAACGUUCAAAUAAUGAACAACGACAACGUUUAUUUAAAAUUGUACCACCAAAUGAAAUUUAUCUUGAUGAUGAUCAUCAAUGUGCUAUUGAUCUUCGACCAUUAUUACCACCAGAUGAACCUGAAUUAACAAAAUUAUAUGAAAAAUUUGGUGCUUCAUGGUUAUCAGAAUGUGUUAAAAGAACUUUAGUACAUAAAGGAAAAAUUGCUACAUCAGAUCGUGGUAAUAAAUUACGUGAUUUAAUACAAUAUCGUCUUGAUAUGUUAUUUGUUAAUAAUCGAGGUGAAAAAAUGGAAAAUCUUGAUGAAAAACAUAUUGAUAUGUUACGAACAACUUUAUCAGUUUAUGAAGUUGAUGGUAUUCAAUGUCAAUUAACAUUUCAAAAAAAGACAAUUACACUUGAUUCAACUGAUAGUAGUUCGUGUGCACUUGAAUAUGAUAAAAAUAAAGUUUCAUUAUAUUUUCAAAAACAUAUACGUGAAUUUGAUUAUAUUGAUAUAGCUAGUGAAUUAGCAAGAUUUGUAUUUAAAAAACCACAUGAUACAAUUGUACAUACAAUAAGUGAUAAAUUAGCAUCACCAUUAGAAACACUUAAACGUCGUGGUGUACCUGUUGAUCGUUUAUUACAACAUAAUCAACAAAAUAUUCGUUCAACAAUAUCAAUGUUUCAACAACAAUCAGAUUUAAAUCAUAAUAAUGAUAAUUAUCAUCAUCAUUAUCAUGAAAGUCAUGUAGAAAUAAUGAAUCGUGUAGAUGAUUUUAAUCGUCAACAUAUGAAAGAUGAUACAAAAUUAUUUUCUAUAUUAAAAAAAGGUCGUGCAUAUACACAAACAAAAUUUAUUCAACAAGAACAUGUUAAAGAUGAAAUUGAUCAUUCAUGUGAAGCUAUACCAUCAGCAAAUAUGACACGUUAUAAAGAUUUAUUUCAUUCAAUACCAUUAUAUAUUGAACGAAAUGUAAUUAUUACAAAUAAAAUGUUUGAUCAAGCUAAACAAUUAGCUUGGAUUUUAAUUGGACUUGCUAAUCAUGUUUUUAAAAUACCUAUUGAAACAUUACAUCUUUAUCGAGAUAUUGAUGGAGCUCGUAUUGCUUUUAAUGAUCGUCGUGCAUUAUUUUUUAAUCUUCGUUAUUAUGAACAAGUUUUUGCUGAUAAAGUUCAACCAUAUUUACAAACAAUAUCACCAUCAAUACCAAUAAUACAUACGAUUGUGAAUUUUUAUUUUAUAUUAACAUGUCAUGAACUUGCACAUAAUCUUGAAAUGGCACAUAAUUCUAAUUUUAUUAAUCAUUUAGAAACAAUAGCAGUUAAAUUUAUGACAGAAAAAGAUUUAUUCUUAGAGCAAUUUUCAUUUCAAAAUUAUUUACAAAAUAAUCUUAAUUGA